AGUUUGAGAUCGGACGCCGCGGCGGUAAGAAGUGUCUUCAUUGACUACGACGCGCCUACUAUAGGGAUCUAAGCGCUGUGUUUCGGUAGCGCCACAACACACAUUCCACAGAGGGAAAUUCGGAGUGGUGUGAGUGCGCGAGUGUGUACCGUACAAUUGUAGUGUGCGUGUGUUUCACGUAUAGUCGGGGCAGGCAGUGGCAGAGUGCUUUAUUUUUAAUUCUUAAAGUUGCAUCCAGAAGGAAUUUGGCCAAACCGUCUCCAGUCACUGCGGCCAAAUGUGUAUCGCGUAAAAUUAGAGAACAAGUGAUCCAAGAUGCAUCUAGUGUUAGGAUUUGUGUUAGCAUUAUGCCUCGGCAGCGGGAUGCGGCCAGCGAUUGCAGAAUACUACCAAAAAGACUCCUACUCCGAGUACAACUGCAACGAGCCGCUGUUGGAGACCGCCAAGCUGAGUGCCACUUCGCAGCUGCGGGAACGAGGGCCGGAAAAUGCCCGUCUAAAUGCUCGCUCGGCGUGGACACCGGUCGAGAACACCUACUUCCACUUCCUGACCGUCGACCUGGGCGAGCGGAAGAUGGUCCGGAAGAUUGCGACGGCUGGCCGGGCCUCCACCAACGAGUGCGUCACCGAGUACAUCGUGCAGUACUCGGACGACGGCGAAAUGUGGAAGUCGUUCUCCGACAGCGACGGAGAGGAACAGCUCUUCAAAGGCAACAAAGACGGUGACUCCACCCGCCACAAUUCGUUCGAAGUGCCAAUCAUAGCCCAGUGGAUCCGAAUCAAUCCGACACGUUGGCAGAACCGUAUCUCCCUGCGCGUCGAACUGUACGGAUGUCACUAUGAAUCGGAAAACGUCUACCUCAACGGAACGGGUCUCAUCCGGUACGACCUGCUGCGAGAACCGAUUUCCGCUACGCGGGAAACCAUCCGGUUCCGUUUCAAAACGGCCCAAGCCAACGGCAUUCUGCUGUACUCCAGGGGCACUCAGGGAGACUAUCUGGCCCUGCAGAUCAAGGACAACCGAAUGGUGCUGAAUAUGGAUCUGGGAUCGAGGAUCAUGACUUCGCUGUCGGUGGGCAGCCUGCUGGACGAUAACAUCUGGCACGAUGUGGUCAUUUCGCGGAACCGACGGGACAUCAUGUUCAGUGUGGAUCGGGUGAUCGUGGAGAAGAAGAUCAAAGGGGAGUUCGACAAGCUGAAUUUGAACAGGGCGUUCUACAUCGGAGGUGUCCCCAACAUGCAGGACGGAUUGAUUGUACAACAGAAUUUCACCGGUUGCAUAGAGAAUCUGUAUCUCAACGCGACGAACUUCAUUCGAGAUAUGAAGGAAGCCUUCUACGAAGGAGAACACUUGCGCUAUCUGAAAGUGAAUGUCAAUUACAACUGUCCGGAGCCUCCAAUUAGUCCUGUAACAUUCCUGACCAGAGGUUCUCACGCACGUCUGAAGGGUUACUACAGCGUCAAGCAGCUGAACGUGAGCUUCUCGUUCCGAACGUACGAGGAGAAGGGUUUGAUGUUGCACCACGAUUUCCUCCGAGGUUCGGUCAAGGUGUACCUGGAGGAUGGAAAGGUGAAAGUUGGACUUAAGACCGAGAACGAAGAGAGCGCUCCGGAGACCAUACUGGAUAACUACGACGAGCAGUUUAACGAUGGCAAUUGGCACUCGCUGAUGUUGGCCAUCAAGAAGAACAGUCUGGUGCUGAGCGUUGAUGAACGGCCGAUGGAAACGACCAAGAAUGUUAACAAUGGCCGUUUUAGAUCUAUAUUAAGACAAUUGAACAUCAACACCGGCGAACUGUACUACAUCGGCGGAGGCAAAACCAAGGAUGGUUUCGUCGGUUGCAUGCGAACCAUCAUCAUCGACGGCAACAUCCGUCCACCGUCCGACUGGAAAGAGGAAGAAUUCUGCUGCAAGGGCGAAAUGUUGUUCGACGCAUGUCACAUGAUUGACCGCUGUAAUCCAAAUCCGUGCAAACACAACGGUGUAUGCAAGCAAAACUCGUUGGAGUUUACGUGUGACUGUGCGGGAACCGGGUAUGCCGGAGCCGUGUGUCACACCUCGUUGAACCCGCUGUCCUGCCAGGCGUACAAGAACGUCAACGUGGUGCAGUCGCGGACUACGAUCAACAUCGAUGUGGACGGAAGUGGCCCGCUGGCGCCGUUCCCGGUAACCUGCGAGUUCUACUCGGACGGACGGGUGAUUACGGUGUUGAGUCACAGCUCGGAGCAUACGACUAGGGUGGAUGGCUUCGCCGAACCGGGAUCGUUUGAGCAGAACAUCAUCUACGAGGCGGAUUUACCACAGAUUGAGGCUUUGCUGAACCGAUCGCAGUCCUGUUGGCAGCGGUUGAACUACGCUUGUCGAUCGUCUAGGUUGUUCAACUCUCCUUCAGAAGUGGAGACGUUCCGGCCGUAUUCUUGGUGGGUUUCGCGGCAUAAUCAGCCCAUGGAUUAUUGGGCGGGCGCCUUGCCUGGAUCCAGGAAGUGUGAGUGCGGUAUUCUGGGUACCUGUGUUGAUCCAACCAAGUGGUGUAACUGCGAUGCGAACAGCUUGGAGUGGCAAGAAGAUGGUGGAGAGAUCAGGGAAAAGGAGUACCUACCGGUGAAGGCUUUGAGGUUCGGUGACACGGGAACUCCAGUUGAUGAGAAGUUAGGUCGCUACACUUUGGGUCCCCUGAAGUGUGAAGGAGAUGAUCUGUUCAACAACGUUGUUACGUUCCGCAUCAAGGAUGCUACGAUCAAUCUACCACCGUUUGAUAUGGGUCACUCGGGAGAUAUCUACUUCGAGUUCAAGACCACCAUUGAGGAUGCGGUUAUUCUGAAUGCACGAGGACCUACGGAUUUCAUCCGUUUGAACAUUGUCGGUGGUACGAAGCUAUUGUUCGAAUACCAAGCGGGUACGGGAACUCAAAAGGUCUACGUAGAAACUAGCUAUUGGCUGAGCGACGAUCGCUGGCACUCGGUGAGCGUUGAGCGAAAUCGUAAGGAAGCGCGACUGGUGGUUGAUGGGUCCAUCCGGGCAGAAGUGCGAGAACCUCCUGGUCCGGUUCGUGCCUUGUAUUUGACUUCGGAGCUAGUGUUGGGAGCUAGUAUUGAUUACAGAGAUGGAUUUGUUGGCUGUAUUCGUGCAUUCCUGCUCAAUGGAAACCACGUGGAUCUGAGAGGUUAUGCGGAACGUAAGUUGUAUGGCGUCUCCCCUGGAUGCGUUGGACGUUGUGAAUCUAGUCCUUGCUUGAACAAUGGUACCUGUACAGAACGGUAUGACAACUUCAUUUGCGAUUGCCGUUGGAGUGCAUUCAAGGGACCGAUUUGUGCCGAUGAGAUCGGAGUCAACAUGAAGGCCAGCUCGAUGAUUAAGUACGACUUCCAGGGUGCUUUCCGUUCUACACUACACGAACGAAUCCGCGUUGGUUUCACGACCACCAAUCCAAAGGGUUUCCUGCUUGGAUUCUUCUCAAGUCAAUCGAAGGAAUAUCUAACAAUCAUGGUAUCCAACUCGGGGCAUCUUCGGGUGGUGUUCGAUUUCGGCUUUGAACGACAGGAGUUAAUUUAUCCGACGAAGAACUUCGGUCUUGGUCAGUACCAUGACGUACGAUUCUCGAGAAAGAAUGGCGGAGCAACUGCAGUGCUGGAAAUCGAUGAUUACGAACCUCAGGAGUAUCAUUUCGAUAUCAAGGAUUCGGCAGAUUCUCAGUUCAACAACAUUGAGUACAUGUACAUCGGAAAGAACGAAACGAUGAAGGAUGGCUUCAUAGGAUGUAUUUCAAGGGUAGAGUUUGACGAUAUCUAUCCGUUGAAAUUCCUGUUCCAGGAGAACCCACCACCAAAUGUGAAAUCGUUGGGAACUCCUUUGACGGAAGAUUUCUGUGGAGUUGAACCAGUUACCCAUCCUCCAAUCGAAAUCGAAACCCGUCCUCCACCAGAGGUGGACGAAGAUAGGCUACGAGAUGCUUACGGUCCAGACACUGCUAUACUGGGAGGUGUCCUGGCAGUGCUAUUCUUGCUUCUUAUAAUCAUGGCUAUCCUGAUCAGUCGGUACAUGAACCGCCACAAGGGCGAAUAUCUAACGCAAGAGGACAAAGGAGCCGAUGCGGCCCUGGAUCCGGACGAUGCGGUCGUGCAGUCGACUACUGGCCAUCAAGUGACCAAACGAAAAGAAUGGUUUAUUUAAUGAUCUAUUAGCUAAUAUAAGCCCGUGUUUCCAAAAAUCAAUCUAAAACGGGCGCGUUCGUUCCAAAAAACAGAGAGAGAGCAACCAACAAAUUAACAGCAGCUGUAAAUAAUGUGUUCAACACGCGUACAUCUACAAAAAUCUUCCGUUUAGAAGUUGAUUGUUUUCAUCUGUAUCGUUAGCUCAUUUGAUUUACCCAACAUCUACCAAUUGUGAAAGUCAUUUACAAGUAUGAACAUCACCACAAAAAUGCAAUGGUCGUGAUAAACAAAUAGUCCGGCCUUGACACAAAAAGCGCGAACACAAAACAAAAAGGCAAAACCGUAAACGGGAGCAGCAUUUCGAUUAGUUCUAGAUUGUUUUGAUUUUUAUUUCGUAAGGCGAUAGAUUUUUUAUUACUAUUGAUUUUAGCCGUCCAUUAUCGUACUUUUUUUUUCUUUUUGGAAAACGAUUAAUUUCUAACAAUCGAAUGAUGAUAAUCUGAGUUGUAGUUUGUAAGGUUAAGUAAUUAAGUUCGAAAACAAAACAAAUUUUGAAAAGCUGACGCCAGAAGCGAGUGGAAAAUUUCUUCAGUAGGUUUAGUAAAACGAAGUUAGUUGAGGCAAGAAUCUCAUUUCGCUAACAAGUCUUUUAUAGGUACCACAGCCUAACGCAGAAUUAAAAAAUUAUCAGGUUUGAAGAGCAUUUCAGGAAAACAUUCUUUCCCAUGCAAAACAAAUUUACUAAGGAAAAUCUUCUAGAGCAACGUAGAUCGCAUGUUUUUGCAGAAUGCGGCUUUUCAGACUAGUUUACAGCUGAAGCCAUGUCUGAUGUGUAAAUAGUUUUUCAAAAUACAUUGAAACAAAUUAGAAAA